AGUAGCGGAACGCCUCCAUCGGGCGCAAUUCGCCCAGAAAACAGCGGAUUCUUUUUUUUAUUAUUCUGCGGUUUAACCGCAUUACCGGCCGCUUUUGGUAUCUCCCCGCGACUCGGUGUGUGCACGCGCCCCGGACCCCCGUCCCGACAUGCUCCCGAUGCGGAUCCGGAGCCGGCUGUGAGAUCCUUUUGAAGCGGAACGAGUGGGAAUGACUCCCCGGAGCGCUGAACCUGUUCCCCCCCGCACACAAAGCCUGUGAAGCAGGCCGUGUGUUUUUCUCCCCCCUCACGCGCCGAUGAUGCUCCAACAUGUCGGGGAAUCAGUACAAAGGCAACGAAGUCAGCUGCUGCAUCAAAUACUUCAUCUUCGGGUUCAACAUCCUGUUCUGGCUGCUGGGCAUGGCCUUGGUCGGGAUUGGACUGUGGGCGUGGAGUGAGAAGGGGGUGCUGUCCAACAUCUCGUCCAUCACGGACCUGGGGGGGUUGGACCCGGUCUGGCUCUUCAUGGUGGUCGGGGCCGUCAUGUUCAUCCUGGGCUUCGCCGGCUGCAUCGGAGCGCUGCGGGAAAACACGUUUCUACUCAAGUUUUUCUCAGUGUUCCUGGGGAUCAUCUUCUUCCUGGAGCUGACGACGGGCAUCCUGGCGUUUGUCUUUAAGGACUGGAUCAAAGACCAGCUCAACCUGUUCGUCAACAACAACAUCCGGGUCUACCGCGACGACAUCGACCUGCAGAACCUCAUCGACUUCACUCAGGAAUAUUGGGAGUGCUGCGGUGCGUUCGGAGCCGACGACUGGAACCUGAACAUCUACUUUAACUGCACCGACGGGAAUCCCAGUCGAGAGAAGUGCGGCGUUCCGUUCUCCUGCUGCACCAAGGACCCGGCGGAGGACGUCAUCAACACUCAGUGUGGAUACGACAUUCGCGCCAAACCAGACUCGGAGCAGAAGGACUACAUCAACGUGAAGGGCUGCGUGCCUCAGUUUGAGAAGUGGCUGCAGGACAACCUCACGCUGGUGGCCGGCAUCUUCAUCGGCGUCGCUCUGCUGCAGAUCUUUGGCAUUUGUCUGGCCCAGAACCUCGUGAGCGACAUCGAAGCGGUGCAAGCGAGCUGUUUCUUUACCUGAUGCUGACGCAGCAUUUACAUUCUAACAGCUCGGGGUCCUCCUUCCAGCUCGUCUCUGGGAGCCUCACCAACCGCCCUCACCUGUCCGUCUUCACCGAACCAGCACCUCCCCCCCGAGGCACGACUACUUCACCUGUCCAGAACACUGAGCCGCUGAGGCCUGGAGGACUUUUGAUAGAAGAUGGAUUCUUCACGUGGACCGCUGAGCCCAUCACGGUCUCCAGCUGAGCGCUCGUUUUGUUCACCGGCCGAGUUAGGAAACUGAAACUGAAUGUCGCUUUUGCUUCUUCUUCUUCUUUUAUUCUGUUCCAGAAAACAUUUGAAAUGUGACCGUUGGGUAUUUUUACAAAACAUUUACUAAUACACCGUCUGUAUGGUGAACGUUAUUGUUUCUAGAAGUUUCCCUUUGAUCCACUACAACACCUUAAAGGGCCAGCACGUAGGAUUUAGGAUGUAUUGGCAGAUGUGGAAUACAGUAUUAAUAACUAUGUUUUCAUUAGUGUAUAACCACCUGAAGGUAAGUGUUUGUAGAUAUGAAGGGCAAACUAAUAUUUUCAAUGAAAAACAUAUACAAAAAAUAUUAGUACGGAUUUUAAAAGUCCAGUUUCAGCAUCUGAACUCGAAGCAGCAGCCCGGACCGACGUCACGUCACGUCCGGCCAGUUCACGUUACUCUUAUUUCACUCCUUUCUGAAACAUUGUGAACAUUUUAAAUGACCUGUUGUGUAGUUGUAACCCUGCCAUCAUUUCAUAUGUUGGUGAGAACCAGAGGAGGAGGAUGAAGAUGUCUCACCAUGAACAUCUGCUCCAAAGCAUGCAUCACUUUUGCGUUACAAAGUAUUUGCAGCAUUUUUCCAGUAAAAUAUGUUCAGAUUGAUAUUGUGGAGCUGGAACACUGAAUGUGUGGAGGAGGAUGUUUCUGAUUGGCUGUCUCGGCCUGUCACCCAUCAUUAGAUGGUCCCUUUCCACACUGUCAUGUAACUACCUCCUCUCAUGUUGAAAUAGGACUGAUUUUAAUAUCAGUUACAAUUUAUUAAAAUGACAAAAAAAUUAUAA